AUGUCGUCUCCACAGCAGCAUGCGCCUGAGCGCUCUAUCUUUGGCGUCGAUCCGCUGGAUGACUUUGCUACCAUGGUUGGAGACUGGAUCUAUGCGAACAGUCGAGGAAGGCAGAAUGUAGAGGGCAAGAUUGGACAGAUCAUCGAUCAAGAAACGGGCGAAAGGAUACAGCUUCCUGUGCGAAACGAGACCAUCGUGGAUCUGAAUCGCACUCGGUUCGACAGCCGAAUGACGAUAUCACAACAUGCUCAGUACAACCGCAUCUUGAACUCUCUCGUUUCCAGGUCCGCCGAAAGCUCGUACACUGGCGCCAAGAUUAGCUAUCAGCGAAGAAAGGAGAUAGACUACUUCCAUCCUGCUCCUAAUGGCAAGGUGCGGGUGACACGCGAUGCCGAGACGCUCGCGAUCAAGCCGGGCGGGAUUGUUCAGAAGCAAAGGAUAGCCGACCUCAACAUCCACUGUCCGAAUCGCUUGUUCGAUUACCGCAUCAGCAUCAGCGUCGAGAACCCAGCGCAAGAACCGGCAUCCGACCAUGUGUCAUUACGUGAAAAGAAUCGCCUCUCGUAUACUCAUCAGAAUUUCAUCGUUGAUCUAACUCAAGUGACCGUGCCAGAAAAGCCGCAAGAGCCGAUUCAUGAGCUCGAGAUCGAGAUUCGAGACAUCGCGCAACUGAUGCAGGCUGCAGAGCGAGCCAAGGCCGAUGGGCCAAGCAACGGUUCAGGAGCUGGCGGUCAAGGCUGGACGCCUUUCGAUGACCAAGUGCUCAUUUUUCUCAACAACAUCCGAAUGCUGAUCAGGUAG